AUGGAGAGUCGAUCUACAGGGCCUUUAACGACAGAGACUUACGAUGGCCCUACUGUGGCCUUCAUGAUUUUAGGUGCCGCCUUGGUAUUUUUUAUGGUACCUGGACUGGGCUUCUUGUACUCCGGAUUGGCAAGAAGGAAGUCUGCAUUAGCAUUAAUUUGGGUUGUAUUAAUGGCGACCUUGGUGGGUAUAUUGCAGUGGUAUUUCUGGGGUUACUCUUUGGCCUUUUCCAAGUCCGCUCCGAAUAAUAAAUUCAUCGGGAAUCUGGAUUCAUUUGGGUUUAGAAAUGUAUACGGGAAGAAGUUCGAUGAGGAUGUGUAUCCUGAGCUCGCGUAUGCAACCUUCCAAAUGAUGUUUUCCUGUGUCAAUUUGAGUAUUAUCGCCGGCGCCACUGCCGAAAGAGGCAGGCUGCUACCGCACAUGGUUUUCCUCUUUAUUCUAGCUACCAUUGGCUAUUGUCCAGUGACGUAUUGGAUUUGGUCACCAGGUGGUUGGGCAUACCAAUGGGGGGUCCUAGAUUGGGCAGGCGGCGGGAACAUUGAAAUCCUAAGCGCUGUUUCCGGGUUCGUUUAUUCUUGGUUUUUGGGUAAAAGAAAUGAAAAGUUGCUAAUAAAUUUCAGGCCCCAUAAUGUGUCGUUGGUCACUUUGGGUACGUCCAUACUGUGGUUUGGCUGGCUGCUAUUUAAUUCGGCAUCAUCAUUAUCUCCAAACUUGCGGUCAGUUUAUGCAUUUAUGAACACGUGCCUCAGCGCAAUUACUGGUGGAAUGACCUGGUGUCUUCUGGAUUACAGAUCAGAAAAGAAAUGGUCGACAGUCGGCCUGUGUUCCGGUAUCAUUUCUGGACUAGUAGCUGCAACGCCAAGCUCAGGCUGUAUAACCCUUUAUGGUUCACUUAUUCAAGGCAUCGUGGCAGGGGUUGUGUGUAACUUUGCAACGAAGUUGAAAUAUUACGCCAAAGUAGAUGACGCCAUGGAUAUUCUAGCUGAGCACGGAGUCGCAGGCGUAAUAGGACUAAUUUUCAAUGCCCUUUUCGGGGCAGACUGGGUCAUCGGUAUGGAUGGUACUACAGAGCAUGAGGGUGGCUGGGUAACUCACAAUUAUAAGCAAAUGUAUAAACAAAUUGCUUACAUUGCCGCAUCGAUUGGGUACACUGCCACUGUAACGGCGAUAAUUUGCUUUGUGCUUGGGUACAUCCCUGGUAUGAAGUUAAGAAUAUCUGAGGAGGCAGAGGAGGUGGGUAUGGAUGAAGACCAAAUAGGUGAAUUUGCAUACGAUUAUGUGGAGGUGAGAAGAGACUACUAUCUAUGGGGCGUAGAAGAAGAUUCUCAACGUUCUGAUGUAAAUCAUCGAGUGAACAACGCUCAUUUGGCAGCUCAACGCAGCAGCAGUGCUACUAAUAGUUCCUCGGACGGGAAUGAAGAAAUGAUUCAAUCCGAAAAGGUCGCACCAAUUCAUCAAGAAAAACCUGCCGGUAGGUAA